UCCACAUUGAUCUACGUUGGCAUCCCCUUGGCGCUUAGUUGCAGCAGCCCUGGUUCAAAAACAGCUGUUGUGUUGUGAGCAAACGUCUUUAGUUAAUCACACGGGACAGCAAGGCUACAAUGGUCAUCACGAACAGCACAACACUGCCCGAGGAGUCGGAGCUGGACGUCCAGGAGCUGAAUCUUUCGUCGGCGGCUCUGCGGGCGGGUUCCUUCCAUUUGGGCAAGCAAUGCGAGCAGGCCAAUAAUGAGUUUAUGCUCUGCCGGCAGGAACUGGACGAUCCACGCGCCUGCCUGACGGAGGGCAAGGCGGUGACCAACUGCGCCCUCGACUUCUUCCGCAAGGUGAAGAAGAGCUGCCAUGAGGAGUUCAUGCAGUACGCCACCUGCCUGGACAAGAGCAGCGGAACCAUGGCCUUCUCACAAUGCCGCAAGACGCAGGGAGUGUUCGACAAGUGCAUCAAGGAUAACUUCGACUGGGAUCGUCCCUCCUACGGCUACUUCUCCCGGGCCAAGGUGAUCAAGUCAGCCCGCGAGGCUCCCAAGAAGGAGGAGAAGAUCUCCUAUCCCGAUGCCACCCCCGGUCUGCCCGAGGACUACCCCAAGCCGCCAGCCAAGUACGGCUCCCGCUUCCACUGGCUGGAGUAGACCAACCUG